GUUGAAUACCACCCGCCAAGGCCAUGGGGGUGGGCUACAGUCAUCAGCUUAACCCAAUCAAUCCACGUCAACGUUGCCGCCACGAGCUUCCAACAUCAACCAUUAAACACCCUUGCCUGCGAACUUCAAUCCGAUACCUUCAAUCUCUAUCAACGGCUUUCGAUAGCACGAGCGAUAUACUAUGGCUGGCCCAUCUGCCUCCCCUAUCUGGGUCUCUCAACUCGAGAGCCCUCCUACUGCCAAGUCCAAGCAAUCUGGUGUUCAGGACCCUCCUGGCUUCAGCUCCGGAACAACCGUCACCAACUCCAAGAAGAACAAGGAUGCUGUCAAGGUUCAGCCCCGCAAGCCCCCGACUACCGCCGAGAUGGAAACCUUGAAGCUCAAGAAGGCCUGGGAAGUCGCGUUGGCCCCCGUUAAAGGUCUUCCCAUGACCGCCAUCAUGAUGUACAUGUCGGGCAACUCUCUCCAGAUCUUCAGUAUCAUGAUGGUCUUUAUGGCAUUCAAGAACCCCUUGAUGGGCUUGAUGAACACGAACCAGGCCUUCGAACGCUUCCAGUCAGAGUCUCUUUCUUCUCAGCUGUUGCAGGUCAAGUUUGUGUAUGUGGUAUGCCAGCUGGUUGCGCUUGGUGUCGGAAUCUGGAAGAUCAAUGCCAUGGGUCUGUUACCGUAAGGAUUUAUCUCCGUAUGCAUCAUUCUUACACUACUGACACUGUCUAGAACAACACGAUCCGACUGGCUGAUGUGGGAGGCGCAAAGAGAGCCUCUUGAGUUCGCUGUGGCAGCUUUAUAACCUGUCUAUUGAUACGACAAAUGACUAGAUAAUUGAUCGGAGUUGCAUAACUAUGCUGCAUUCAUUGCUUCUCGCUUUGCCUUGGCUGCCCUCCAUCGCAUGCCUUUUUUGUCCACAAGUCUCAAAGCCGGGAUCAUGGCCAAGUUUAGCAAAGCAAGAAACGUGAAACACCACCCUCUACCCAUUCCUGCGAUCAUGUGGUCAAUGGCGGCCGUCGCUGCAGCUCCAAACAUACAUCGCACAAGGUUGUUAGCCGCAGUUGCAGUAGCUGGAGCAUGUGGGUUAAGAUCAACAAUGAGGGUAUUGAGAACACUGAAUGAGGUUGGAACAAACAUGCCGAUCAGGAAGACAAGGAACAAUGGGACAGCAACUGAAGUUUCAACUUGCAAAGCCCAUCCAUACCCUAUGAGUGUCGCGAUACCAGCGAGGAGCGUUGGAUAGACCGGCUGGAUCCGCGCAGUCUCGAUUGGGAACUUGCCCAAAUCAUCUCCCCGUUUAAGAUUGAUGGUGAAGCCAAUCUUUUUUGCAAUUCGUCGAUAGUUCCAGUCCAAGACGUAUCCUUGACCGACAACGGCCAGCGCGCAGCCAAAUCCAUAAGGCAAAUAGCAAAGACCAACCUGAAGAUCGUUAUAGCCGUACGUCUCUUUGAAGAGUGUUGAUAGGGUAGCCGCCACUAAAAUGAAAGCAAGAUAAAUGACUGCAUUAACACACAGAAUAAUGGCCAUUUCUUUCUCAAAGACGAUGUAAAGCGUCUUCAAUGGGUUGGGAAACUUCAACUUCUGCUUCGGAGUAUUCUGGCUUGUAACAUCUCCUCGGCUGCUGUAGAGAUCAAGCAGUGACCUGUUCCAUUUCGGUGGUGCUAUUGAGCCAUUGCCAACGACUUUGCGGCACGUCUCGGGAGCAGAGAAGAUAAAGGGGACCAUCCAGACACCAGAAAAGAUGGCACAAAACCAGAAGAUGGCAGGCCAUCCAAGGUACUGGCUCAAUAUACCACCCAGGACUGGCCCGAGAGCUGGCCCAACAUUGAUUCCGGCUCCAACAAUGCCCAUGUAUUUUCCUCUUUCAGCUGUUGGUGAAAUAUCAGCUACCACAGCAAACCCAAGAGCCAAUGUUCCACUGCUGCCGGCACUCUGAACACAACGAAGGAUCAGUAGCGCAACAAAGUUACGUUGCAGGGCCAAACCAAUGUUUGCACAUAUAUAAAUCAAGAAGGCCAGUAUAUAGGCGGGUCGACGCCCGGCCAUGUCACCGAAGUCGCCAAAUAUCGUUGGUGAAAGUCCCUGAAAAAUCAUAUACGACGUCAAGGUGAGGUUGACAAGUGACACAGAUAUGUUCAAAUCUUGGGCUAUAGGGGGAAUAGCGGGGAAAUAUAUGUUGGCCGUCAUAGGUGAGACGAAGCUGGCUGCAGUGACCAAAGCUAGAAUCCAUCUUUUUGUGUUCUUUGAGAAAACGCUGUAUGCUGGACCGCUUGGCACUCUGGUCAUGCUCUCGGGGUCACCCAUUAUCGUCUCGUCAGCUUGAGUUGCUGAUACAUCAUGUGGCGCUCUGCCAAGUUUCUCGGUAUUGUGGUUAUCGAGGCCCUCAAGAGUCUCCGACUCGGUGCUCUGUAUGCUGAUAUCGUCAUGGUCAUGUCUCGGAGGGGUUUCGGUGUUGGAAGAGGAUUGAUUUUGGCUUCUCUCUUUCAUCUUCGCUGAACAGAAGGAUAGAAUAUACAACAAACAUGAUGAGACAGUUGCCGAGAAUUGGAAGACAAGUCUUUUAAUACUACCUAACAAUUUGCCCGCGAUCGGAGA